AUGGCUCCUCCAUCCUCAUCAUCAUCAUCAUCACCACCACCCCCCAAGAAGUGCGGCGUCCUGGGAGCCACCGGCUCCGUCGGCCAGCGCUUCGUCCUCCUCCUCGCGCAGCACCCGUUCCUCAAGCUCCACGCCGUCGGGGCGUCCGCCCGCUCCGCCGGCAAGAAGUACAAGGACGCCGUGCGCUGGAAGCAGUCGGCCCCGAUGGGCGGCGCGACGGCCGAGAUGGUGGUGCGCGAGUGCCGGCCCGACGCCUUUGACGACUGCGACGUCGUCUUCUCGGGGCUGGACUCUGACGUCGCCGGCCACGUGGAGCAAGCCUUCCUCCGGGCCGAGAUGCCCGUCUUCUCCAACGCCAAGAACCACCGCCGCGACCCCCUGGUGCCGCUGGUCGUGCCGACCGUCAACCUCUCGCACCUGGACCUGAUCCCGCACCAGCGCGACGUCAACCGCCUCCGCAGGGGCUUCCUCGUGUGCAACUCCAACUGCGCCGUGGUCGGGCUGGUCGGCCCCCUGGCCGCCCUGCAGGCCGCCUUUGGCCCCGUCGCCGCCGUGAGCGUCGUCACCAUGCAGGCCGUCUCCGGGGCCGGCUACCCCGGCGUCUCGUCCAUGGACGUGCUCGACAACGUCGUGCCCCACAUCCCCGGCGAGGAGGACAAGCUCGAGUCCGAGGCGCGCAAGAUCCUCGGCCGCAUCGACGACGCCCGCUCCGCCUUUGUCGAGCAGGCCGGCCUGCGCGUCUCCGCCACGUGCAACCGCGUGCCCGUGCUCGACGGCCACACCGCCUGCGUGAGCCUGCGCUUCCAGCGGCGGCCGCCGCCCUCGGCCGACGAGUGCAAGGCCGCCCUGCGGAGCUACGUCGCCGACGCCCAGGCCCUGGGGUGCCCCUCGGCGCCCGACCCCGCCAUCUGGGUGUUUGACCAGGACGACCGGCCGCAGCCCCGGCUGGACCGGGACCUGGGCAACGGCUACACCGUCAGCGUCGGCAGGCUGAGGCAGGACGAGAGCGGCGUGUUUGACAUGAAAUUCACGGCUCUAAGUCACAACACCGUCAUCGGCGCAGCUGGAUCUUCCAUCCUCAAUGCCGAGGCUGCCGUCCUCAAGGGCUACUUGUAA